AUGUCCAUCGCUGCCGGCGUCGCCCUCGCCGUGGCCGACGCCGUGUGGGCUCAGAUCAAGGCCGGGGGACACGCCACGGACGAGCACCUGUCCAUCCUCGACCACCUGUUCGGCAAGAACAUGCUGCGCGCCUGCAAGAUCCUCGACGAGGGCGGUGUCCGCCGCGUCACCGGCGCGCCCAGCGGCCGCUCGCUCUUCCUGGUGAUGGGGGAGUCCAAGAGGAAGGAGGAGUACAUCUGCUUCCCGGAGCACCUCUGCACCUGCUACUCCUUCUUCUAUGACAUCGUCGGCCGUGGUGAGCAGCUCUGCUGUAAGCACCAGUUGGCAGCGCGGCUCGCAGAAGCUGUCGGCAAACACCAGGAGAUGGAGGUGACUGAUGAGGAGCUCGCUCACAUGCUUGCUAACCUCUGA